UCCCCGGGAUUGGCCAGGCCCUUGCAAGAAGCUUGUUCCAGGGUGUGGGCACUGUAUCUCGAUCUCAAGGCUCCAGGAAGCGAUUCCGAUAGGGGGAAAGGGGUGUGGCCUGGCCCGGGCUGUGCGAUGGCGGAUAAUUUGAGGGCCGGGAGCCAUCUUGUACGAGCGUAUCUGUCCGGACUACAUUUCCCAGAGGCCCCGAGGCGGCAUAGGGCCGCCUCUUCACUCGCCUGCAGGACCCUCGGCCUCCGGGGAAGGGGAAGGGCAAGCUCUGCUUUUCUCAGAGAGGUCCCCAGAGGAAGAAGGAGGAAUGGCUGUAGACCAAGCCAAAUACAAGGGGUCAGUGAUGUUCAGCGAUGUGUCUGUAGACUUCUCUCAAGAGGAGUGGGAAUUCCUGGACCCUGCCCAGAGGGACCUGUACAGGGACGUGAUGUUGGAGAAUUACAGCAAUCUGGUGUCAAUGGGACUUUGCAUGCCUAAGCCGCAAGUGAUCUCCUUAUUGGAACAAGGGAAAGAGCCCUGGAUGGUUGGCAGAGAGCUGACAAGAGGCCUGUGUUCAGAUCUGGAAUCAAUGUGUGAAACCAAGUUGUUAUCGCUAAAGAAGGAAGUUUAUGAAAUAGAAUCAUGCCAAAGGGAAAUAAUGGGACUUACCAAGCAUGGCCUUGAAUGCUCCACUUUUAGAGAUGUUUUGGAAUAUAGAAGCCACUUUGAAGGACAACUGGGAUAUCAAAAUGGGCAUUUCGGCCAAGAAAUAUUCACUCAUGAAUACAUGCCCACAUUUCUUCAACAGACAUUCUUUACUCUACAUCAAAUAAUUAACAAUGAAGAGAAACCCUAUGAAUGUAAGAAAUGUGGAAAGGUCUUUAGUCAGAAUUCACAAUUUCUCCAACAUCAGAGAAUUCAUAUUGGUGAAAAAUCUUAUGAAUGUAAGGAGUGUGGGAAAUUCUUUAGUUGUGGCUCACAUGUUACUCGGCAUCUGAAAAUUCAUACUGGUGAAAAGCCCUUUGAAUGCAAAGAAUGUGGAAAGGCAUUCAGUUGCAGCUCAUACCUUUCUCAACAUCAGAGAAUUCAUACUGGUAAGAAACCCUAUGAAUGUAAGGAAUGUGGGAAGGCCUUUAGUUAUUGCUCAAAUCUUAUUGACCAUCAGAGAAUUCACACUGGUGAAAAACCCUACGAAUGUAAAGUAUGUGGGAAAGCUUUUACUAAAAGCUCACAGCUUUUUCAACAUGUGAGAAUUCAUACGGGUGAGAAACCCUAUGAAUGUAAGGAAUGUGGCAAAGCUUUUACGCAGAGCUCAAAGCUUGUUCAGCAUCAGAGAAUUCAUACAGGUGAGAAACCCUAUGAGUGCAAAGAAUGUGGCAAAGCAUUUAGUAGUGGUUCAGCACUUACUAAUCAUCAGAGAAUCCACACUGGGGAGAAACCCUAUGAUUGUAAGGAAUGUGGGAAGGCUUUUACUCAAAGCUCACAACUUCGUCAACAUCAGAGAAUUCAUGCUGGUGAGAAACCUUUUGAAUGUCUUGAAUGUGGAAAGGCCUUUACUCAGAACUCACAACUUUUUCAACAUCAGAGAAUUCAUACAGAUGAAAAACCAUAUGAAUGUAACGAAUGUGGAAAGGCCUUUAAUAAAUGCUCAAACCUUACUCGACAUCUCAGAAUUCAUACUGGCGAAAAGCCCUAUAACUGUAAAGAAUGUGGAAAGGCAUUUAGUAGUGGCUCAGAUCUCAUUCGUCAUCAGGGAAUUCAUACAGGAGAAAAGCCCUACCGAUGUGCGGAGUGUUGCCGAGUCUUCGACUCAGGAUCUGCUCUGAGGAGGCACAGGAAGGACCACAUGGGAAGGAAGCCUCACACGUGUGAGGAAUGUGGGAGGGACUUCAGCCGUAGCUCCAACCUGUCCAUCCAUCGGCGAGUUCACACGGGCGAGAAGCCCUACAGAUGUGGUGUGUGCGGGAAGGAUUUCAGCCGGAGCUCCAACCUCUGUAUCCACCAGCGCAUCCACACAGGUGAGAAACCCUUCAGGUGCUGUGACUGUGGCAAGGACUUCAGCCGCAGGGCAGCCCUGCAGAUCCACCAGAGUGUCCACACAGGCAGGAAGCCCCAUGCCUGUGAGGUCUGUGACCGGAGCUUCACCUCACGCUCUGCACUGACACGGCACAAGCAGGACCAUGCAGGAGACAAGGCCUAUGUGUGUGACACAUGUGGCCGGGGCUUCAGCCAGAGAGCCAACCUCUACCUGCACCAGCGGGUUCACACUGGGGAGAGGCCAUUCCGGUGUGAGGCCUGUGGGAAGUGCUUCAGCUGGAGCAAGGACCUGGGUAUCCACCAGAGGGUCCACACGGGAGAGCGGCCCUACAGGUGUGCAGCUUGUGGGAGGGACUUCAGGCACCGCUCAGCCCUCAAGCGGCACCAGAGGGUGCACACAGGGGAGAAGCCCUACCCCUGUGCCGUGUGUGGGAAGGGCUUCCGACAGAGAGUCCACCUACAGAUGCAUCAGAAGGUGCACUGUAGGGAGAGGCUUCCAGGAUUGGGCUCUGCACAUGCAGGUACCUUCCACAGCCAGGGUGAAUGCCAGAGUGUGGGUGCUGAGGUGCACAGCAUGGAUCAAGCUUAAUGAUAUAUGGCAUUUGUUAGUGUUGAUACAGAAAAGGGGACAGAUCAGAAGUGUACAGAUUGACAAUUUUUCAUGAAGCGAACAUACCUAUGUCUAGCACUUAGAUGGAGAUAUAGAGCAUUUCCAGCCCUCCCAAAAGACCUCUGCAUGUCUGCCCCUGCAGGCUGGCCAAAAACCCCCAAAAAACAUAGACUGAUUUUGUAAAUUUUAGAGUAUCAAGUGGAAUUAUACAAUAUGUAAUCUUUCAUGUAGGAAUUUUUUUUUG